CCCCAAGCCCAUAGUUGCUAAGCACGAAAUUUGCCAGGAAGUAGGAACGUGUUGCCGCGAUGCUGGAAUGUGCUGGAACACACAAAUGAGACGAUUGUAAAUGGCGUGCGUUUGAACAACUUGCAAGCUAAUCUGCUAUAAUAAUCGGUAACUCUUCCUUAGAAUGGCCCAUGUAAAUAGCGUGUUUGGCUUCGAGCUCUUUCAAAAACUUUAUCACGAUGAUAUCCAUAAAAAGGAAGACGUGAUCAUUUUGUUUGUGCAUUGGUAUUUGACAAAGUCUGGAUUUAGGUGCAUAGGCAUCGGGGACGAAACAAUAUUUAGUACAUCAGAGAAAGGAUCCGAAUUACUUCCAGCGGAAUGGAAUUUACGUCCCAAUUAUGCGUUACGUUAUGUAAAAGAUGGAAAAUUACAUGUACUUCUCGGAGUCAAAUCAGAUAUGGAUCUACUGUUGAACUUGAUGAGGCACUAUGACAAUUCUGUUUUUAACAUUUCAUUCCCUAUCGAGGGAACUGUAUCUACGUUACAUGGAUCUUUAGACAAUGUAAUACCAUCUUAUCAAACAAUUUUACAUAAUAUACAAAAAGAUUUUGUAAGCCCGAUGUGCUCCAACGAAGCAGCGACUCAAACAGCUAUAUCAAAUAACCCUGAGCGUUCCUCCGAAAUGAAUGAGACUCCAGUACGUAAUGAUCACAAUCCAUUGAGAGUAGGACCCAGUCAUCGGCCAUUAAAUCGACCUGAAUAUGAUCCUGCGAGAGUAGGAGUUAGAGAUCUUGAUCCCUUGGGAGAAGGCAGUGGCAUGAUAUUUGAUCCAUUUGACAUGAGGCGCCGUGUAAUUGGACGUUCACCGGGUGGCUUAGGAGUACCUGGAGUAUUGCCGCCAGGUGCGAUACCACCCGGUGCAAGAUUCGAUCCUUUCGGUCCACCUGAGCUGGAUCCAUUGAGGCCACACCGUCGUAGACCCGACGACGAUCAUUUACCUCCUCCAGGAUAUGAAGAUAUGUUUCAAUAAUGUAUCAAAAAAAAAAAAUGAAGAUAAAAAGUACAAGUACAGACAGUUUUUAUAUAUAAGUACUCUAAAUGUCUAUAUGAUAUUAUACAGACAUGCCCUCUCACUAAUAUCUUCUAAAAUAUAUUUCAAUGCAUUGUAUACAAGACAUUAAUAUAUGUAUAAAGAACCGUACAUAUAAAAGAUACAUGCACAUAUUUCCCCGGAUACGGGAAUAAAGCUAGAAACUUUAUACAAUGUAUAAUUAAGGUAUCAAAAUUAUUUGUAAAACAUUUCUUUUUUCACAAAACAACUUCCAUUCCUUUUUAUUUCAUUAUUGAUGUUUACAAUGUAACAAAACAAUUUCUUGUUUAAUUAAAAGUAAUUGUGUGUAAUGAUAGAUAGGAAAUUAUAUUGAGAAAUUAAACAGUAAUAUUUGU